AUGGAAUGGAACCUCAAAAGGAUGGAGAGUGAACUGAGGCAGAUCAACCCAGACUUGCUCCAGCCCAGCAAGAGCUUCAAGAAGCCCUCCUCUGGCACCAUCACUCUCAACGUAGGGGGCUUCCUGUACGCUGCCCACCGGACCACCCUAACCCGCCACCACGGUUCGGUCCUGGACGAGCUGGCCAGCGGGAAGAAGGCCGUCCAGCACACCGACUCCAUGGGCAACCCCUUCAUCGACCGCGACGGGCCCGUGUUCCGGCACAUCCUCAACUUCCUCCGGACGGGCGACCUGCAGCUGCCCGAUGACUUCCGGGAGGCGGGACUUCUGCGACGGGAGGCGGAAUUCUACCGGCUGAGUGAGUUGGUGAAGGCGGUCGCGGAGUGGGAGGGCCAGCGGGCGGCCCAGCGAGAGCCCGCCUUCCUGGAGGUGACCGACAGCCACGAGAGGUCGCAGGGCCUCAAGGUGUACUGCAGCGAUCCCGCCUUCAUCGAGAAGGUCAAAGGUCGCCUGGUGCAGAUCUCCAAGUCGCGCCUGGACGGCUUCCCCGAGGAGUUCGAGGUGUCGUCCAACGUGAUCCAGUUCCGCCACUUCAUCAAGUCGGAGCCGGGCUCGCGGCUGGUGCUGAAGCAGGACAGCACCUUCCUGUGCACCCUGGAGUGUCUGAAGCUGGAGACGGUGAUGCUGGCCCUGCGAGGGGGCUUCCGCCUCAUCACCAGCCUGGACAGCAGCAAGGGUUCCGUGGUGGUCGCGGAGGCCCUGCACUUUGUCAAGUAG